AUGACAUACAUCCUACUUUCGUUUUGUCUUUUAGGUUUUUUACAAUGUAUAAACACAAAAAGUCCUUUUGUGAAGGAGUUUCAACAGUCAAAAAAAUAUGCAGCUGAUGAAAGAACUCUAGUACAAUCAGAGAAGAAUUCAAGGAGAUAUGAAUUUUUAAAUAAAGCAAAUGGUGCAACUUAUGGACCUACUAAGUUCUCACAUCUCUCUCAGGAGGAAUUUGAAAAACAAUACCUGAGUGAUUUAAAGCCAAUAAAGGAAAGACAAAUUAAAUACCUGGGGAAAAAGACACCAUUACCCAAAAUCUAUUCAUCCCAGAUACCACAAAAAGUGGACUGGAGGAAUCAUAGUGGAGUAAAUUACGUAUCUCCAAUCAAGAAUCAAAACAAAUGUGGAGGGUGUUGGGCUUUUAGUACAACAGAAACCAUUGAAUCUAUGUACGCAAUUUCCCACAAUGUAACCCCUCCUCGACUAAGUGUACAGGAAGUCAUUGACUGCUCGGUAGGAAAUGCUGGAUGUGCUGGUGGAGACACCUAUACAGCUCUGUUGUGGUUAAACAAAAGCCAGUCCCUGCUGGUUUAUGAGGAGGAAUAUCCACUCACAGAUACCUCAGACUACUGUCAGCUCCUGACCAACUCCUCUAGAGGGGUUACUAUAAAUAACUUCACCUGCAAUAGUUAUGUUGGAGUGGAACAAUCUAUGCUGCAGUUGUUGGCAUUUGUUGGCCCCCUAGUGGUGGCUGUGGAUGCAACAACAUGGAACCAUUACUUAGGGGGGAUAAUUCAGUACCACUGUGAGAACAAGCUAAAUCAUGCUGUACAGAUUGUAGGCUAUGAUUUGACAGGUGAAAUUCCAUUUUACAUUGUGAGGAACUCUUGGGGAACAGAUUUUGGAAAUAAUGGAUAUCUGUAUGUCAAAGUUGGGGACAACAUGUGUGGUAUAGCCUCAGAAGUUUCAACUGUAAGUGUAAACUGAACAGAUGACCAAUAUGAAGUUGAAGUGCAAAAUCCACAGGAACAAAGAAGUCAAUUUGAAAAAAAAAAGUCAUGAUUCUACAAUUUUGGGAUGAAAAAAAAAACAACACCACCAAAACAGCUAUUCAUUUCAAAAUUAUUGAUAAACAUUAAACAUGUUCCUUUAAGUUAACCUAUGAAAUAUUAUCAAAAUUAUGCAACUAAUACCUUAUGUAACUGUAAUGUUAUUGUGUAUCAAGUUAUGUAAAUGUAAUGAUUUAAAUGUGUAUAGGAAAGAGAGAGAGAAAAUCUUCUAUUGCCCUUUGAUAAUUAUUUUUUUAUUUACAUGUAUAGAAAUGCAAUAUGAUACAAAAUGAAAUGUAUUUUCUACAUUUAAAAUGCUUGCAGCAAUCAGAAUAAUAAAAAACACUUAUUUUUUU